GUUCAGUAAAAUUCAGUUAAAAGUAAAAAUGAAGCCGAUAAGCAAUGAGAGAGAAAAUCAGCUCAUAAAUAGACUAAAUUUCAAUGACCGGCCAACUCAUUCAAGGAGCUUUCAGGACAAUGGCUGAAAAGAAAAUAUUGGACAAUGCUUAGAUCUCAAAUCUGUUAAACCUACGAGCCAUAGUUCAUCAGUGUUGCAGCCGUUAAACACAAUUCCUUUCCAAGAAAGGAACAUUCAGAACUGACAUUAUCAAAAUUUUGAUGCUAAAUUGACCCAAAAUGAGAAGGAAAGUCUUCCAGAAAAAUAUGAGAAUGAGCUUCAUGGAGAGGAGGUAUCGCAACAAGUCAGACAGAGCCUCUUGAAAUUUCUUAAGUCUAAUACUCAAGAUACUGUAAAGGAAAUCAGGUCGCUUCAUAUAGAGCAAGAGGAAGUUAACUUAGCAGAUGAAGUAAACCUUGAGUUCCUCUCUGAUGAUAGCGAUACCGAGGAAUCUACUCCAAAAAUUCAGCUGAAAAAGAUCUUUCUAGCUGAUUUAAUUCAGAUAGAGCCCAUUCAUCUCAGCCAGCCAAAUAGUGGGUUGGCAGAUUAUCGGGAGAAUCUGUCGACAAAGGAGCCAGGAUCAGCUCCUGAUAAUUCGCAAAACAAGGUAAAAAUUAAUCUUUCUUCACUUUUCAACAUCUAA